AUGGUUCGAACAUCUCCUCCAACGUUCAACUUAGAAGACCACGGCCAUCAUUGGACACCGAAACGGCCGUUAUCAGUCAUUUGUCCCGUACGGCGAGAAGACAUGGAAGUGAAAAUGGAAGCCUUUCACUUAUCGCAGGCUCUUCCCGGCCUGCACAUCCCCAUCAUCGACUUCUCGCGCUCAACGACCAACCUGUCCGCCCUCGCCGAAGAGAUCAAACAAGUCUGCGCAACAUGGGGCUUCCUGUACCUCGUGAACCACGGCCUCCCGCAACCGCAGAUCGACCGCAUGUUCGAGGUUAGCGCCACCUUUUUCAAACCCAUACCUCGCGCCGAGAAGGCCUUGUUCCCAUGGAACAGCCUCGCCAACGUCGGCUACGACGCCAAGACCGGCACGCAGGGCUACUUCCACGACUGCAUCAGAUGUACCGAAGCUAAACGUUACGUUACACCCAAUAAUGCAUAA